UCGCCUCCUGCGCCUGCAGACUGUUCAGCAACCCUCCAACAGCAGGUCUACCAGCCACACUUGUCGCUAAAGUCACAGGUUCAUAUUUAAGCAUUAGAAAGUGGUCACUUGCCAUUUGCCUUCCUGUUUGCGAAAGUUGAAGGAGCGUCAAAAACUUUUUUUUUUUUUUUUUUGGCUUUUCUUUCUUAAACGGAUUCAAGUUUGCAAGUCAAGCUGUGCGCCCUCACAGGCUGUCACUGCAGUCUCCGGGCACAGCACUUGGAUUUAGAGAGGAUUUUCUCCUUUUUUUUCCUUUUUUUUACUGCGAGAAGCUGUUCUUUAAUUUUUUCGCAUGAAUCUCCUCGACCCUUACAUAAAGAUGACAGAAGAACAGGAGAAGUGUCACUCUGACGCUCCCAGCCCCAGCAUGUCUGAGGACUCCGCAGGCUCGCCGUGCCCGUCCGGGUCGGGGUCGGACACUGAGAACACCCGGCCGUCCGACAACCACCUCCACCUGGGUGCAGACUACAAGAAAGAGAACGAAGAGGAAAAGUUCCCCGUGUGUAUCAGAGAUGCUGUGUCUCAGGUGCUGAAGGGCUACGACUGGACGCUGGUGCCAAUGCCGGUGCGGGUCAACGGCUCAAGUAAAAAUAAACCUCACGUCAAAAGACCCAUGAACGCAUUCAUGGUGUGGGCUCAAGCUGCGAGGAGGAAGCUGGCCGAUCAAUACCCGCAUCUGCACAACGCGGAACUCAGCAAAACCCUGGGCAAACUUUGGAGAUUACUCAACGAAGUAGAGAAGCGCCCGUUUGUGGAAGAAGCUGAGCGUUUGAGGGUGCAGCAUAAGAAGGACCACCCCGACUACAAAUAUCAGCCAAGGCGGAGAAAAUCUGUCAAGAACGGGCAAAACGAUCCCGAGGACGGCGAGCAAACCCACAUCUCUCCAAAUGCGAUCUUCAAGGCGCUGCAGCAGGCCGAUUCUCCAGCGUCGAGUUUGGGCGAGGUGCAUUCUCCAGGAGAGCAUUCAGGUCAGUCCCAGGGCCCACCAACACCCCCAACCACCCCCAAGACAGACCUGCCCUCCAGCAAAACUGACCUGAAGCGCGAGGGCCGCCCCAUGCAGGAGGGCACCAGUCGCCAGCUCAACAUCGACUUUGGAGCUGUGGACAUUGGCGAGCUGAGCAGCGAGGUCAUCUCCAACAUGGGGAGCUUUGAUGUCGAUGAGUUUGAUCAGUACCUGCCACCUCACAGCCACGCCGGGGUGACCGGAGCAGCCCAGGCUGGCUACACCGGCAGUUACGGCAUCAACAGCUCCUCAGUCAGCCAAGCAGCCAACGUUGGGGCUCACGCUUGGAUGUCCAAGCAGCAGCAGCAGCAACAUUCUCUAACCACCCUGGGUGGAGGAGGUGAGCAAGGCCAGCAGGGUCAACAGAGAACCACCCAGAUCAAGACAGAGCAGCUGAGCCCGAGCCACUACAGUGAGCAGCAGGGCUCCCCACAGCACGUCACCUACGGGUCCUUCAACCUGCAGCACUACAGCACCUCUGCUUACCCCUCCAUCACAAGAGCGCAGUAUGACUAUUCAGACCACCAAGGUGGUGCCAACUCCUACUACAGCCAUGCAGCUGGCCAAGGCUCUGGCCUGUACUCCACCUUCAGCUACAUGAGCCCCAGCCAGAGGCCGAUGUACACCCCAAUUGCUGACAACACCGGGGUGCCCUCAGUGCCCCAGACCCACAGUCCACAGCACUGGGAGCAGCAGCCCAUUUACACACAGCUGUCCAGGCCAUGAGGAGAUAGACUUAGCACUGACUGUAUGACACCCAUCCCAUGCAUAGACUUCUUUCUGCCAGGGGGGCCUUUGUAUCACCAUGCCACAUGCCCUUCAUUGUCAACAGAAAAAACGCAACAAGGACUUUUUUAUAGUACUGAAAAUUUAUCUUUGGAUUGGCUCACAACAGUGCCUUUUGUAUUGGUUGGAAUUGUGAUUAUAUUUUUUUAGAUAUAAUGUUUAAAAAGUUAAGUCCUCUGUGAGGAUAUACAGGUUAUAAAUAUUUUAGUAUGUACUGUGUAUGUGUUCUGCUCUUGUCAUCAUCAUCAUCAUCAUCACCGUAAUCAGUGUCAUCAGCAUCCUCAUCGUCAUGAUUUGAAGGUUUAACACAUCUAAAGGAGCAGGAAUGCCGGGUAAAAACACCCUCAGUGGCCUUACUUCUCACUAAUGUUUUUUUUUUUUGUUGUUGUUUUUGUACAGAAGUAAGAAACGUCUUUUUACUGACACUGCCAUCUUGUAAUAGCCUAUUUCUGCUUUGGAUUUUUGUACUGUACAUAUUUUAUUAUAAUUCCCAUGAAAUGCAAGAACUGAGCAAUGCAGGUUCAAAAUGGAUUUUUGGCCAUGGUAUGACCGUGUCAUCAGAGAAUUAGUCAAAUAUUCCACUUUUUAUUUUUUUGCUUUAGCUCAAAUUAUUGUGUUGGAAAUGCUAUAGCAGGUGCCAUGUAACUCUACUAGGGGCCUUACUGUGUUGGUAGAUGUAAAUGAGCAACGCUUGCUUCUAUCUGGGUACUGCCUUGAUACCUUUGGUGCCUCUGGAGCCACAGUAGGGAGGCUCCUUCCACUGGCAUUGCAGUGUCAAAACCACGGCGUAAUUCUGACUUCCUGCUUGAGGAGAUACAGGAAGCGACCUUUGACCUGUCUCUCCUCUGCAGCCAGCAGGUCUGAGUCUUGCGUACUGCAGCCCCGUCCUUUUUCCUAACUUUUUUUUUAAUUUAUUCUUUGGCAUUAAUUUUAUUUGAAAAUAACUAUUUGCAAUUAUCUUUUUUAAUUCAGCAGCAGCUAACUGAGAUGAAAAGUUUUCAGUGGAAGAGUUUGCUGUCAUAUGUGGUACAAAAUUGUUUAUUUAUCAUUUGUAAAUGUUUCCGUAUAAAAGUUUCUGUUAUUCAUAAUCUAGUUAUGUACAGAUUACUUCUAAUUACAAAAUGAGUCUUCUUCUAAAAAUAAAAAAAAGAAAAACUGGAAGUUUUCUCUUUUCGUGCUAACAAAAAUGAAUUAAUGGAUAUGGAAGCUGUGCCUGUUUUUGUAAACAAAAAAAAACAAAAAAAAAAUUGCUGGAAUCAACAAGAUACUUUUCUGUUAUUGAAAAAAGUUGUGUUCCUCAUUUUAUAUUCUGUAUCAUUAGUUCUCAUUUUGUCAUCUUCUUAAUGCAGUUUCCGUAGGUAAACAUGGCAUUGUCUUAAAAGCUUAUCUUUUGUAUUAUAUUGUUUGCAAUAAAAACAAAACACUGAGAAAUA